GGGAACUCUGUCUCGGCAUCUGUCACCGCCGCCCACCCAAAACUUUCCGCCGCGCCCGGCUGCCCGCCCGCCGCCGCGGGACGGCCCCGCACCGGCCCCGGCAGCGAGACCCCGGCGCGGCCCAUGCGAGCUCCCAGGCGGCGGCGGCGGCCCGGGGGCUUCAGCCAGGGGGGUCCCGCGGGCAGCUCCACCAUGUCGGACAGUGACCCGGGGGACGAGGACGGCGCCAUAUCCCCUGACCCCUCGCAGUGCAAGAGAAAGAGAAGGGGUAACCUCCCCAAGGAGUCGGUGAAGAUCCUGCGGGACUGGCUGUACGAGCACCGAUUCAACGCCUACCCCUCGGAGCAGGAGAAGCUCAGCCUCUCGGGACAGACCAGCCUCUCCGUGCUGCAGAUCUGCAAUUGGUUCAUCAACGCCCGGCGGCGGCUGCUCCCCGACAUGCUGCGCAAGGACGGCAAGGACCCCAACCAGUUCACCAUCUCCCGCCGGGGGGGCAAAGCCGGCGACGUGGCCGUGCCGCGGGGCGCUGCCGCCGGCUCGGGGGUGCUGGUGGUGCCGCCCGCCAAGGUGCUGUCCAUGUCGGUGUGCCCGCAGGUACUGUGCCACCCGGCGCGGGCGCUGGCCGUGGUGAGCGCCCGCAGCCCCGACUGGGAGAAGCCCCCCGGGCCCGAGGCCAGGGCGGGCGCGGGGCCCGGCGGCGGCAGCACCCUGACCCUGCUGGCCCGGGCCGAGGCGGGCAGCCCCACACCCGGACUCUUCAACACGCCGCCCCCGACGCCCCCCGAGCUCUUCGGGGACGACUUCAGCAGCUUCCAGCUGCUGGUGGAGGUGGCCUUGCAGAAGGCGGCCGAGCUGGAGCGGCAGCGGCAGGCAGGACAGCUGCCCCUGGCUCCCCACACCGAGCCCCCCGGGGCCUCCAAAUAACCCCGGGCCGGGUCCCGCAGGGUGCCCUUCCCCGGGGGUCCGACCCUCCCGGUCUCCACCUCACCCCCACAGCCCAUCCCAGGAGCCGCUCUGGUCUCUUCUCGGCAGCCAAGGCGGCAGAGGAAGGCCUGUCCCACCCCGCCAUCCUCCCGCUGGAGAUGCCCUGGCUGCCGAGGACGGUGCCCCGGCUGUGCAGGGACCGCCGUGCCCAGAGCUCGGCGCUGGCAGUGCCCUGUCCCUGCUGUAUGGCCAGAGCGGGCACUGGAGCUUCCCUGGAAAACCUGCUGAUUUCUUCCUCCUCCUGCAAACGAGGCUCCAGCCAGCACCGUUUCUUCAGGGAGACAGAGAGAACCUAUUUUUUUAAUGCCAGUGUGUAUUUUAAGGACUGUGGAUGAAGAGCUUUGUCUCCCAAAUCUCUGAUCUUUUCCCCCUCCCACCCUUCCCCCCGGCCCCCCUUUUGUUUCUGGGGGGCCUUUCUGUUUCCUGGUGCUGGCCGGGGGCCCUGCCUUGCCCAGGGAAGGGCAAAGGAUGGAUGAACUGGAAACAUGGAUUCUGUGGCAUUUUAUCAUGGAAAAAUAGGAGCCUCCUCUUCCUUUUUAGGUUGUUCUGGAUGCUGCCAGUAGAAAUCUCUAUGGUGCUGUUUAGCAAGUUUUCUGUUGAAACAUUUUCCCUUUAAUUGUGAUUUAUUACAUGAUUAUUACUUUCUUUUCUUUUCUAUUUUUUUUUUUUUUUUAAAUCUAUAAGCAUUUCCACACCUUCCCUGUGUUCCCCUCGCAUUCAUGCUGAAUGUGUGCAUGCUGUGCCUGGAGCUCAUGGCCAAGCCUGGGCAGAGCUGAGACUGUGAAUUUUGUCCCCGACUUCAUUUCCUUUUUUUAUUUUAUUUUAUUUUUUUUUUCCAUAAACAUUUGGAAAGAGGCGUGGUGCGGGCACGGCUGUGUGAGUCCUGCAAGUGCAGCGCGGGGUUCCUGGAAAGCAGCGCCGGGCAGGCGGAGGAUGGAAUAUUGCUCCGUGUCCCCUCCCGGUGUGGCUGUGCGGUGCUGGGGACCUCUAGUGACAAACUGGGAGCGGCCUGGGUGGCUUCUGGGCUCUGGUGGCUUCUGGGCUCUGGUGGCUUCUGGGCUCUGGGGCUGCUCCUGGCUGGGUGUCCCUGGGUGCUGUGCUGGGGAUGCGAGUCAAUGACCGUGCCCUGUCCCGAGGAGCACUGAUGCUGUCGGUAAUUAGGCAGAUGAGUUGAUGACUGGAGGGGCGGCAGCCGCAGGACUGGGGGAGGCUGGAAGGGAAAAGCACUGAUUUGGAGGAGUGGUGUGUGUGUUCCCAACCUCCAUUUCUUCAGAAGGAAGGUGCCGGGGCAGGGUGUGCUGUGGGAAGGCUUCCCAAGAGCGUCACCUUGGCAGGUGCCCUGUGCAGUGCUGGGGUGGCACUGGGGUGGCAGGGUGCCCAUCGUGUGCCUCCCACCCCCAGGCACAUUUCUAUGUCCAGCCUUUCUUCGCCCUUUGUCUCCGUUCCAGGAAAGUCCUCGUUUCUGGGACUCCCUCUUUCACCUUGUCAGCCCCCUGCAGCUCUGUCCCUUGCCCCGGGGGAGGGAGAGGCUGUUUGGCCUCCUGCUCUCAUCUUACCCCAGGCAAACUGAAGUGGUUUCUAUCCCCCAGAGCUGUGCCUGUGCCAGGGGCUGCUGCUGCUGCCCUGGGAUGGAGCAGAGAAUUGGGAGGGCAGGAGGUUUUAGAAUUAAAUUUAUGGAGAAAUAACAAACUACUGUAAAUAUCUUUUUGUUUGUUUUUCUAUUGUCAAAUAAAAGUUUUUUUUAGUUUU